UAGAUUUUGGAACCUUCGACGCAAUGGCAGAUGAUAAUCACGAAAACCUCUCAGUGUGCAACUCAGAUCAUAUCAAAGAUGUGGAGUUCUUUAGUUAAGAAACAAAACAAGAAAGUUACGCGUUCGGCUAAAUUUAGAGUUAUGGCAAUCAACUCUGAAAAUGGCACCAUCAAUAGGGUGGAGGAUUUGCUUAAUUGGGACAUCACUCCAUUCAGUGACAACAUAAUUGCUGAGUACAUAUGGAUUGGUGGAACAGGAAUCGAUGUGCGCAGCAAAUCAAGGAGCACACCUUCGUUCACUAUUAUCCUACUGCGAUAGCAAUCUCCGCUCUUUUGGCUGCUUCCAAAAUUGCAUAUCGCAGACUGUAUAGAGAGUGGAGCAGAAAAAACUGAGAAAAUAAAUCUAACAAAACUCAAAGUUUUCAGUGUAUCCUUCUCUAACACAAUUCAAGGAAACAUUUGAAACUACAUGGCAACCCAGGAAUAAUAAGAGGUAAAAGAAAAAUACCCCACGUAAUAGCAGACGAAAGGGAUGCCGGCGUCGGAUUUUGAACCGUGGUGGUGGUGCGAUUCUAAAAUUGUUUGUUCGAAAACAGUUCCGACCAACCAGUGCAAGCGAGUUGAACUUGUGACCUUAAAGGUUGUUGGCACGAUUAUUUAGCGGCUGAAGUGAGGAAAUCCGGUGCUUAUGUGAGGCAGAUAUUCACGAUUUUCGUGUAAC